CCAUGGAAACAGUGAAACGUUAGGCGGAGUGAUCGGGAACUCACGCUUACGCUUGCCAGGAAUGUUGUAAUCAAUAGCUGUUGGGCCAAAUAAAUAUAGGCGGGGUUUUCCCUAUUCUUAUUAAUUUAAACAAUAUUCGGUAGUUGUCAAUGACUCAGCAAACAUAUUGAGAAUGUUUUUCAGCGUGUAGGACGUAGCUACGACCUAUCAGUUUGUAAAAGCUGUUUUCAGUUGACUGUUUUGAACAAUUGAUUGUUAAGGUUUUAAUACCCCCGUCUUCUAUAGAAGACUGUCACAACUCGCGUCGCAACUGGCAUAGCUGGGCCUGAAUUUUCAUAUGGAACUUGGCUGGGUUUGUCUUCGGGUUCCACAGUGUAUACGUUAGCUUGAGGCUAACUUGGCGUGAGUGCACGUUGUACUUACGGAGUCCGAAUAAGAGGAUGGACAGUGAAAUCCAAAGAGAUGGGAGAGUCCUGGACCUCACUGAUGACGCUUGGAGGGAAGACAAGCUUCCAUAUGAAGAUGUCACCAUCCCUUUGAAUGAACUGCCUGAGGCUGAGCAGGACAAUGGUGGAUCCACAGAGUCUGUAAAAGAACAGGAGAUGAAGUGGACCGACCUCGCCCUGCAGAGCCUACAUGAAAACACGCCAAGUACUGGAACCUGAAAGAGCUGUGCACAUUGAUACUAGAUUUUGACUGCUUUUCAUUUUGUCUUGAGGGAUUUACAGUGUUCAGCUAAGCAGGAAUUAUGUUUUUUUAUUUCAAUUUUCUUGUAUACAGUAUGUGUGUAUUCAACUGGCACUUUUGUACCUUUGACAGAUUAUGCAUAAAGGUUAUUUUACUAGGGCAAA